AUGGCUCCCAUCACCGAUUUUGCCGUCAAGGACACUUACCUGUAUCUAGAAGGGUUUGGUAACUACCACUCAUCCGAGGCUCUCCAGGGAGCAAUCCCUGUGGUGAACAACACCCCCGUAAAACCUCCAUACGGGCUUCGCACGGAGCGACUCAGUGGGACUUCCUUUGUUGCGCCGCGCAACCUCACGUUGCAGACAUUCAUGUAUCGCGUUGCGCCAUCUUUGGACCAUGAUCCAUUUGAACCUCUAGAUGCAACCCCUAAAGUGCCGGAUUUCAUAUCUCCCAACUCAUACCUGUGGCCGCAGCUUCCCUCUGAUCCAACAGCUGAUUGGAUUUCUACACAAAAGCUCCUGGCCAGGAAUGGUGAUCCUAUGCGGAAAGAGGGUCUUGCUAUCUGGACUUGGAGCGUGUCACAAGAUAUGAAACCGAGAACAGCUUUCUGUUCAAUCGACGGUGACGUGCUCAUUAUUCCCCAGGCGGGUUCUCUUGAUAUCCAGACGGAAAUGGGCAAGUUGUUGCUCAGGCAGAACGAAAUUGCUUUGAUCCCUCGAGGGAUACGGUAUCGUGUCACAUUACCCGCGGGUCCAGCUCGAGGCUACCUAUGCGAGUUAUUCCAAGGCCAUUUUCGUCUUCCGGAACUUGGCCCUGUAGGUAGCACUGGACUCGCCAACACCCGAGAUUUUCAAAUACCUGUGGCCUGUUUCGACGGGAGUAUCCAAGACGGAGUGGCUGUUUCGAACGAUGCGGGGACAAAACACACGAUCGUGACACGUCAGAAUGGUCGGCUAUGGCAAUGUGAACAAACGCACACGCCUUUUGACGUUGUAGCUUGGCACGGCACAAAUUAUCCCUUCAAAUAUGAUUUGGCCAGGUUUUGUGUCAUGGGAAACUUGCUCUUUGACGAACAUGAUCCAUGCCUUUACACUGUAUUGACUGCACCCUCUCACGGCGAACCGGGCCAUUCGGUAGUUGAUUUUGCUAUAAUCCCACCGCGUUGGAUGGUAUCUGAAGAUACCUUCCGGCUGCCCUACUAUCAUCGGAACACCAUGUGCGAGUUUUUUGCCCCUAUAAUCAACUCUCAAGACAAGGAGUAUCCUUUUAAUGGGGGAGCUGAGUUCAAACCUUUGGGUGCAGGAUUGCAUGGCAGCAAUGUGAUUCAUGGACCUACUGAAAAGAGCUUUCAAGAUGCUAGAAAAGGCUCGGAUGCCCCUGAAAAGGUUGACAAUCUGGGUAUUACAAUUUUCCUACUUGAGACGGAGAAGCCAUUAUACCUAAGUGACUGGGCCGCCAAAUUAGCAACUGAGGCCGCAGCUAAGGCAAGAUCCAGAGUUCCAAAAAACAACAAAUUGUGA